CUCACUCUCUCGCACAUCUCACUCCACUUCUCCUUCCCUCGGUCUCUCUCUCCCUCUCAUGGCGUCGCCGGUGAGCUCAUGUCCCGCUGCUGCUGCUUCACAUCCAUCGUCCCACCACCACUGCCGAGGUGUUCGUCCGGCGGCUGGACACAGUUUCUCCCCACCCACACGAAUCACAUUGGUUCGCUGGACGCCGCCUCGCCACGGUUGGGUCAAGCUCAACUUCGACGGCUCAGUCCACAACGACGGCUCCGGCAGGGCCAGCAUCGGCGGGGUCAUCCGCGACGACCACGGCCGCGUCCUCCUCGCCUUCGCCGAGCGGACGCCGCACGCCACGAUCGGGGUGGUGGAGGCGCGAGCGCUCAUCCGCGGCCUGCAGCUGGCGCUCGACCACGGCUGGAACGACCGGCUGCUUGUGGAAGGGGACGACCUGACCCUGGUCCGGCUGCUCCGAUGCGAGUCCACCCACACCCGCAUCCCGCCGGCGAUGCUCGACGACAUCCUCUGGCUGCUCGACUCCUUCCGCGUGUGCGAGGUGCAGCACGCCUACCGCGAGGGGAACCAGGUGGCCGACGCGCUGUGCCACGAGGCGUACAAGGCGGCGCCGGCGGCGAGGCUCUGGACGCCCGGCACGGCCAUGGUCCCGUUCCCCGUCUGGGAGAAGCUCGAGGACGAUCGGCGCGGCGUGCUUCACCAGCGAGUCCGUGCGUGAUCACUGAUCAGCAUGGAUUGGCGCAAAGAUCGUUUGAUCGGAGUCAACUGCAAUUGCUGCGCGUGCAAAGAUCAUCAAAGAAGCUUUUGGAUGAUGCUGCUGUGGUGUUGGUGACAUGGUGAUCUAUACUGACUCACAUCGGAGCUAGCCAGCACAAGAACAGACCAAGAAAAAGAGGAAGAAGAAGCUAAAUUGUGACGUUGGUUGAUGCGAAUGUAUGAGAGUUAUUGGAUCUUCUUGGAUUAGCAAAAUGGAAUCCUCUCCAUGAUUGGAAGACGAAGGUGGCGACGGUUUGCUCGGAGGUCUCAUGGGAGAAGUUCUCACAUGGAACAGAGAGAACCAGAGGAGGAAGAAGACCCUUGUUGGAGUCGGCCAGCUGCAGCAGCCGUAUGAUCGAUUCUGAAGUCUGAA